UGUAGACACAAGAACGACCAAUAGUCCAACAUCAUGCGCCAUUAACGCGUUUGACGCCAUGGCUUAGCCUCAUUACCACACUCCUUCGCCUUGGUCCACUUUUCCUCCACACCGCAAAUGAUGGGAGGAAAAUCAAGCAAGAAGAGUGGUGGUGAUGCCCCGCCAGCCCAACUCCUCCAGAUGAAUCCCAAUACCCAAUUCACGGCCGAUCUGAGCUCCUAUGAGGCGGCGUGUAUGCUCGAUCCGGACUUACAAUCCUUUGAUGCCACCAUCCAAGAGCGCACCAGCCGGGUUAUCAACUCGCUUGCCACUGGGGUAGAGGUUCGGUCGUUAUCUUUUGGCUCACUCAGAGAGGUCACCAAUAGUCUCUUUGAGAUGGACCAGGAAGUGGUGAAAGUCAUUCUGGAGUGUAAGAGAGAUAUAUGGAACAACCAAGACUUGUUCUCAUUGGUGGAGGACUACUUUGAGAAUAGUCUCAAGACACUGGACUUCUGUACUGCCCUUGAGAACUGCCUGAAGCGCACUCGUGAUAACCAGUUGAUAAUUCAACUUGCGGUGACGCAUUUUGAGCAAGAAGUAGAAGAUGGGGUUGAUGAUGGGGUGAAGUACAUGAAGACACUGCAAGAAUUAAGGAAAUUUAAGGCUGCUAGGGACCCAUUUACGGAGGAGUUUGUUGUGUUGUUUCAAUCAGUUUAUAAGCAGCAUGUAUCGAUGUUGGAAAAAUUGCAGCUUAGAAAGAGAAAGCUAGAUAAGAAAUUGAAAUCUAUGAAGACGUGGAGGAGAGUGGCGAAUGUCAUUUUUGUUGCUGCUUUUGUGUCUGUGCUGAUUUUCUCGGUGGUGGCAGCUGCCAUUGCAGCUCCACCCCUUGUAACAGCUUUGGCGGGUGCAUUGGUUGUUCCAAUAGGCUCAGUGGGAAAAUGGUGUAACUCACUUUGGAAGCGCUAUGAGAAUGCACUGAAAGGACAAAGGGAGGUAAUCAGCUCAAUGCAGGUUGGAACUUACAUUACAAUGAAGGACUUGGAGAACAUUCGGCUACUUGUCAACAAAUUGGAAAUUCAGAUUGAGUCGCUCUUACAGAAUGCUGAUUUUGCUCUUAGAGAAGAUGAGGCAGUGAAGCUUGCGAUGGAUGAGAUCAAGAAGAAGCUGGAAGUAUUUAUGGAUACCAUUGAGAAUUUAAGUGAGCAUGCUGAUAAGUGUAGCCGGGAUAUAAGGAGGGCGAGGACGGUGAUUUUGCAGAGGAUAAUCAGACACCCAACUAACUGAAAAGCCCUUUUGGUAUGUUGUUCUGGUAAACCGUAACUAUUCUUAUGUUGGAUUUAUGUGAAUUUUAUACAGCAGUUAAAGAAUCGUUGAUGGAAUAACUUCAUAGACCCUUAUCAAAGAAUCUAAAUAUAGAGUUUUGUUGUUGA